CCACCCUCUUCCUCUGGAGUUUCAAGGUUGCCUUUCUCUGUUCACAGCAGCAGUAGGAAGCUUGUUGCUUACGCAUAUGUGUAUUUUUAUAGACUUUAUUACUCUUUUUUUAUCACCAACGUGUAGAGGUUGAAAAGCAAUGGGAAAAUUGGCUAUGGAUUCUGAAUCAAAGAACAGUUUCAUAGGAAGCUUUCUUCAGCCACCAGAUAAGAUGCUUCCUGCAGCCUUUGCUUAUAUAGAAUCAAAGAAGCUGGCAGCUGUUGGUGGCAACAGGCCUUCUAUCUCCAAUGACCAAGCUGUGGUGGCAGCCGUGAAAACUCUUCAAGAAAAGAUCCGCCAUCUAGAGUUGGAGAAGUCACAGGCUGAAGAUAAUCUGUGCAGCCUCUCCAUAGCAGCUGCUCAGUAUAAGAAGGCCUUAGACCAUGAAUCCUACAAAAAGGACACAGCACAUCAAGAACUGAUGCAACAGAGGAAAGAUGUAAGUGUGCAAUUAAAUGCAGCACAAUCCCGCUGCUCCCUGCUGGAGAAACAGCUGGAUUACAUGAAGAAAAUGGUUUCCAGUGCAGAACUGGAAAAGAAAAUGUUUUUAGAACAACAGGCCCAGCUUCAGAAAGAGGAAGAUCAGAACUGGUUGGAACUGUGUGCAAAACUUGAAAAGCUUGAAAUGCUAGAAAAAGAGUGUCUUAAACUUACUGCUACUCAGAGAAUUGCAGAAGACAAGAUCAAACACUUAGAAGAAAAGCUUUGUAAAGAAGAGCAUCAGCGUAAGCUAAUACAAGACAAAACUGUUCAGCUUCAAACAGGAUUUGAGAUAAACAGAAUUUUGAUGUCUGCGGUAAAAUCUCAAAAUGAACCUAAAAAGGAAAACGGGAAGAAGAAAAAACCUAAGAAGAGAAAUCCUGCAAUGAAGAAAAUGCAUCUUUCACAAUUAAGUGUAAAGGCUCAUGAACUACCUUUUGUGGCGGGGAAGUCUGUCAGCUCCAGCCAUUCUGUUAGUGCAAAUGUACAAAGUGUGUUGCAUAUUAUGAAGCAUCGCAGUCCACAUAUCUCAUCACGAAGCCAAAGAGGAGCUACGUCUGGAAUUUCAGGACGCAGUGCACUUUCAAAAUCUGUAUCCUCUGGUCCCACAUCACCUACUGCCACCAGAAGUCUUUCAGACCUACUGUUGGCCAUACAAGAUGAGCUGGGCCAAAUGAGCUUUAAGCAUCAAGAACUUCUGAAGCAGAUACAGGAGACUCAAGAUGCCAGAGUUUGUGAACACCUAGAAUGGGAGCUGGAUUUCCUUGUUAAACAAAUGGAGAUUAAAGGAGAACAAAUAUCCAAGCUGAAAAAGCAUCAGGCUUCUGUGCAAAAAUUAAAGAGAAAAACUCAGAAGUUGAAGCAAGGGGCAGCUCAUGUCAAACUAAAGCGUGGUGACCAAAAGGAAACAAAGGAGAUUGCAGUAAGGGAAAGUAUGUCUAGAUCUUGUCCUGGGCAGAAAAGCAGAAGUUCUCUUCAGCUGCUAAAAAAUGUGCGGAAACUUCAGUCAACACUGAAAAAAGAUGAUAUCACGUGGGAACAAUAGUUCUGAAGUUUACUGUGUUAGAAGUUUUCGAAGUUGUCUGACAGCUAGUAAAUUUUGAAUUUCACAAAAUACCUUUUAAAAAUAAAAUAUAUAUAUCCUAGAUACAGGUAUACAUUCUAAACUGCAUACUCACUAGUAGGUCAGUUUGUUCACCUCAGAAUUAACUUCCGUGUAGGGUAGCUGUAAUUCAACUACACUGAUUUGUAAUAAAGUGUUUUAAUGGAUUAACGAAAUGCUUACUUGUUAACUUGUCAAAUAAAAUUUUGUACCUUUUUUACACUUAAAAUAUUAUGCAAUCUUUGGUGUCCUGUCCCCUCCACUGCCAAGGAGAUACUUAGAGCUUGCCUUUCCAGAAUGACUUGGGUUAGUGCUUCUGUUCAAAUAAAAGCAGUGGUCCUUUUCUGUAAUAACUGAAGAUUUGGAUCAUUGCAACUGAGGCAGAAGAAGAGGUAUUGUCUCUUUUUUAUAUACAUUUUCAUUAUUUUUAAUGUUAUUACUCUAUAAGCUUUAUUGACAGUCUUAGUGUUAGGGACAGCUAGGGACUGGAAGCACAACCCAUGACUUAGUUAAACCAUGACAACGUGAGAGUGUUCUUGGUAAGUGCAUGGAAGGGGCCACUACCAAAAGCUUGAGUGCUUGUCUUCUCAUCAACAAAACCUGCUUCUACCACGGUGUAAAAUAAUUGGGCUGUCAUAAAGUUGAACUGCACACCAGUACGUGUUGUGGAAUUUGUGUACUCCUACAAAUGCAAGAUGGGUCUUUAUGCUAAUGGUGAGUCUGCUCUUUCCCAACUCCUACUAUGUAUGUAUCCUAAAAGACCUAACAGUGACUUCAAAUCCACACUGGUUAUUUUGUUGCAAUAAAUUCUUGUCUUGAGGUUACUGACUGAUACUGAUUCACCUGGAUGUUUGCAUAUGUCAGGAAAAAUAUAGCUUCCUCGGGGUGUAUCAAUGGCGUUCUUCUGUAGAUCUCUGGUGUAACGAGAAUGUAGUGGUCUUCUCAAGCCCCUCUGCAGGUAUGAAUAAAAAUUGGAUGCAUGCUCUGUUGU